UGUGUCAUGUCUGCUUCGACGAUUUUGUGGAUGUUGAUGGGCGGACUUUUAGGUCUUACGUGCUAUGAGGGCAAACAACUGAUAGCAACCGACUAUUCACAAACCAUCGAAACACCCGGGUACAGCAGCGGUUAUUCUUAUCUAAGCAACACGUUUCAGACCUGGACGAUUGAAACACAAGAUGCUCAGAAUAUAGUGAAAGUGGAGAUAGACAUGGACAUUGAGUUUCGUUACUCUUACUGUCGAGACAGCUUACAGAUAUACGAUGGAACGAGCAUUGCAGCAACUUCCCUUGGGAAAUUUUGUGGAAAGUCCACCGACAAUUUAGUCACAAGCUCUGAUCGGAACAUGUACUUGGUGUUCAUGAGUGAUAAUAACGACGACAAUAACAAAGGAUUCAAACUAACAUAUAUCCAAGUUUCGGUUCCGGAAGAGGUGGACGCCAUAGACGCCUGGAAGAUUGUCGGCAUUGUGUUUGCAGUUGUGAUUGGCAUUGGCAUUGCUUGUGUGACAGUAUUUUGCUACUGUAAGCACAAGUCGAAGGAUCGGGUGACUCCUUGUCGUAUAAACGGUCCAGAUCAGAAUCAACAGAAUGUUUGGAUGACACCUGUACCACAACGGCCCGUUCAAGCAGUUCCUGCACAGAUUUUACCCAACCAAGCAUAUCAGCAAGUUCCUCAUCAAUAUCCGCAAACUUCUGAGAUGCAAAAUAUGUACAGCGGAAAUAUACCAGGUGCAGCGAACUUUGCCGUUGCGGAACCACGAGCAUUGCAACAGCAAUUUUACGUGAAAUCAUAGUGUUAUUUUAAAAAAUCAAGUUCACAAGGGCGCAUAUUUUUGAAUUUUUUUUUUGCAUUUUUCGCCAAAAUGUGAUUUCGCUUAUUCCAUGUUCGAGAUGCAUCGAUUCUUCAUUGCGCUUAUCUGUUAUAUUUUAUAAUUAUUUGGUAAUGUAUACAAAUUAAAUUAUCCUAUAUCAGAACGCCAAAUUAAAGAUGCAUAGUCAACAUAUAUGUUUUCAUAUACGUUGCCUAUAAUGUAAACUUAAGGACAACUCCUAGUUUCACAUUUUUAAUAAAAUGAAUGAUAUGAAUAUAGUCGACCCAUAUUUCCACUUUAAUGUAAAUUUUGCUCGUGUAAGCAGCUACUAUUUUCAAAUAUGCAUGUCAAUUAUUAUAUGUGAAUACUUUUUAGUGGAACUUCGUUUUACAUUGCAAGAGUGCUUAACACAAUGUUAAAUAUUCGUGUUUAAUUUUAAAGUAAAUAUAUGCUAUUGAAGUUAAGGCUGCCAUGUUGGGUAGUAGUAAGUAGCGCCACCUAGCGUUCGUGACGUAGCUAGGGUUUUCCCCUGGUUAUAUUUGGUAACAGGGAUACAUGUAGCCGGUUCGGGUAGUUGGCUACGCGUGUAGCACGGGGAAAUACAGAAUAGGGGUGGGGCUACUGGGACUAUAUAUUCUGGGUUCUUGUUCCGUGUAUGAGAGAGUGCAGUAUGCGAGUUACUUGUAAUUGUAUUUGUAGGCCUUGUAUUGUUGAGUGUUCUGUUUAAAUUCAUGUCAUGUAAAUAAAUAUCUAAGAAUAUA